CUCCCCCCCGGCCUGAAUGCAUGUAGGCGCCGGCUGCACGGAGGCUCCGGGAAGGAUGCUCGGGUGCUAGGCACCUGCCCCUGCUCGCGGCCGGGGCACCGGGAGGACCCCCCGCCCCCGCCCAUGCUGCCCCAGGCACCAUCUCCGAACGGGGCUGGCUACGUCUCUCUCGCUCCUGCCCCAUGGACUUAGCGGCGGUCGCCGGCCGGAGCUCGUGAGCCUGGGCUGCCCGCCGAGCGGGGCCGGCCCCCGGGAACUGGAGGAUACUGCAACAUCCUCGGGGACGUACAGCGGGCUGAGCUGGAGCCUGUGUGGGACUUAAAAAAGACUUCCAGUUGGUGGUAGCCUGAGGAACUUCCUUUCACUCCAAUGUUGCUCCGAAACUAAUUGUCGCCAGAAUUCGGAACUAUCAGGUUUGCUAAGAUGCCUCAGGAACAGUACGCACACAGGAGUGCCAUGCAGAGCUCAGAAGGCCCGCAGGUAUACAAAGUGGGGAUUUACGGCUGGAGGAAGAGAUGCCUCUAUUUCUUUGUGCUACUCCUAAUGAUUUUAAUCCUGGUGAACCUUGCCAUGACCAUCUGGAUUCUCAAGGUUAUGAAUUUCACAAUUGAUGGAAUGGGAAACCUGAGAAUCACAGAGAAAGGUCUGAAGCUAGAAGGAGAUUCAGAAUUCUUGAAACCUCUCUACGCCAAAGAAAUCCGGUCCAGACCAGGCAAUCCAUUGUACUUCCAAUCUGCCAGAAAUGUUACAGUGAACAUUCUCAAUGAGAAGACGAAAGUCCUUACUCGUCUUGUAACAGGUCCCCAAGCAGUGGAAGCACACAGCCAAAAAUUCGAGGUGAAAUCCCUCUCUGGAAAAUUGCUGUUUUCUGCAGAUGACAACGAAGUGGUCGUGGGAGCAGAGAGACUGAGAGUUUUAGGAGCAGAAGGCACAGUGUUCCCUAAAUCUAUAGAAACUCCCAGUGUCAGGGCAGACCCCUUCAAGGAACUAAGACUUGAGUCACCCACACGCUCUUUGGUGAUGGAGGCUCCAAAGGGAAUUGAAAUUAACGCAGAGGCUGGCAACAUGGAAGCCACAUGCAGGACGGAGCUGAGGCUGGAAUCAAAAGAUGGAGAGAUUACGCUGAAUGCUGCAAAUAUCAAACUACCUAGAUUGCCUCUAGCAUCCCACUCCUCUACCGGAUCCAGGCAAAAAAUCUACGAGCUGUGUGUGUGUUCCAAUGGGAGGUUAUUCCUGUCUCAGGCAGGAGCUAGCUCCACCUGCCAGAUAAACACAAGCAUCUGCUCUUAAGAGACAGUUCGCAGCAGGCAUUGCAGGCAGCACAAAGGCCCUGUUCUGGUCUCACAGAUAGCAGCUGCCAACUAUUUUUGCUAGAACCCAGAAAGCCUAUCAAAGACUUUUUUGUGUGU